AUGGCCUCAAGGAAAGCCCGCGCGACAUCUACUGCCCAUUCGCUGACUAUCGUAAUCAAACUUGGCACGUCAUCGAUUGUUCACGAAAAGACGCACCAGCCUUUGCUGUCCUUGCUAUCUUCUAUAGUUGAAACAGUAGUCAAUCUCAAGAAUGAAGGACACAGGGUAGUUCUAGUAUCCUCAGGUGCUAUUGGAGUUGGCUUAAAGCGAAUGGACAUGGCGUCGCGCCCAAAAAGUGUAUCCGGUAAACAAGCUCUUGCUGCUAUUGGACAAGGACGGCUUAUAGCCCUAUGGGACAAUCUGUUUGGACAACUGGGUCAACCUAUCGCCCAGGUCUUGUUGACGAGAGGUGAUAUAUCCGAUCGGACGCGAUAUUUGAACGCAGUAAAUACGCUUUCUGAGCUGCUGUCUAUGGGCGUGGUGCCUAUAAUUAACGAAAACGACACAAUCUCUGUCAGCGAAAUUAAAUUUGGUGACAACGAUACAUUAUCUGCCAUAACUUCAUCUAUGCUUCAUGCGGAUUAUCUGUUUCUUUUGACCGACGUCGAUAGUCUGUAUACUGCUAACCCUAGAAAGGACCCAUCUGCACGCGCUAUUGAAGUAGUGGAGAGCGUUUCUACGAUUCGUACACAAGUAAGCACUGCGACCUUGGGUUCUAGCCUAGGCACUGGGGGUAUGGAAACCAAGCUUAUCGCUGCCGAAAUUGCAACUGCAGCCGGGGUAGCUACAGUGAUCACGUCUUCCAAGGACCCAACAGCGAUUUUCCGUAUAAUCGCGUACAACACUGCUGCCCAUACUAUCCGCAUUAGGGACGCGGCCCAUGCACUCCUCCCUUCAACUACCCUUCCUCCGUCCACCCCAGAAACGCCGGCGGUUCGCACGCCAGCUAGGGAAAUCACACCUGCGCAUACACCUCUUAGAAAGGACUUGGUCUCGUCUACAGAGUUGCCCCCCAAAACCGCUCACCCUGAAUCAAAUCGGAGGGGGAGCCUAUGA